AUGUCUGACUUAGUUAACAAGAAAUUCCCAGCCGGCGACUACAAAUUCCAAUACAUUGCAAUCAGUCAAAGCGAUGCUGAAAGCGAAGCUUGUAAGAUGCCACAAACAGUUGAAUGGUCCAAAUUGAUUUCCGACAACAAGAAGGUCAUCAUUACUGGUGCUCCAGCUGCUUUCUCCCCAACAUGUACUGUCAGCCAUAUUCCAGGUUACAUCAACUACUUGGAUGAAUUGGUUAAAGAAAAGGAAGUUGACCAAGUCAUUGUUGUCACUGUUGACAACCCAUUUGCCAACCAAGCAUGGGCUAAGAGCUUAGGUGUUAAGGAUACUACACACAUCAAGUUUGCUUCCGACCCAGGUUGUGCUUUCACCAAAUCCAUCGGUUUUGAAUUAGCCGUCGGUGACGGUGUUUACUGGAGUGGUAGAUGGGCCAUGGUUGUUGAAGACGGUAUCGUUACUUACGCCGCCAAGGAAACCAACCCAGGUACCGAUGUUACCGUUUCCUCUGUCGAAAGUGUCUUGGCCCAUUUGUAG